CAGCGUACCUGGAUAGGGAGCUCCUGCCCACACCGUGGCUUUAGCUGUGAUAGGAGGGCGCUGUCCCCGCCUGCAGCCGGAGCCUGCGUGCAGUCCGGUCUCGAGCCUUGCAGCCGCACAGAGUCCCUGCUGGUCAGGGAGUCCUCUCCCAUGGAACGUCACUCCUGGCGGACUUCACUCGGGACGGAUCUCCUUACCGCUCGCAGGUGAGGAGCUACAGCAUUUCUCUGCGCUCAGCGGAAUAACACGCUCCCGGUACACUGAGAUACUUCACAUCAGAUCGUAAUAUCCUGAAAACAGACUAAAAUGUAUGCAAAACAGCGAGAUGGCGAGAACUUUGCAGAUGGAGCUUCAGCAAAAAGAAAAUUCAAUCUUAAAUCCUUUAAAAAGUUCUUUGGCAUAAAGAAAAGGAAAGAAACAUUGCCAUCCCUGGGGAGCAGCGGACUGAAACAGAGCCAAUCCGUCAGUGAUGUCACUAUGCCAGGCUCGCAUUUGGAUUAUGAUUCUGAGGAUGAAAUAGAGUCCGCUGCUGGAGUAUUGGGAAGCAGAGCCGUGUCCCAUGACAGCAUUUUUAUUCCCGAGAUGGUGCAGGAUCCUGGCAGACCUGCAAGAGUAUUUUCCCAGGGAAAUGUGUCGGAUAAUAUUAAAGCCCUGCAGGCAAAGGUUCAGGCAAACAUAAGAACUGGGCCGAAACCUUUUGGAAUCCUCGGUAAGCGAAUUGACGAUGCAGGGGCCAGCUCUGAAGAUGAUGGAUUACCAAGAAGUCCUCCAGAAAUGUCUUUGAUGCAUGAUGCUGUAAAGACAAGGUUCUCUGAUAAUAGUAAAAACAUGAGCUCUCUCAGUUUAGCAGGAACAGGGAGUGAAGAAGAUGAGCAGAUCUCAUCUGGACAUUCGUCAAGACCUCUUUCUCCCGAGGAAUACCAGUUACAUGAUGCCAAUAGGACAUCCAUUGAAAGAAUAGAUGGCCGCUGUAUUUCUCCAUCAGCAGAUUUUGACACUCCAGCGUUUUUAUCAUCCUUCUUGGACAGCUCUGCUGCAAAACACAGGCUUUCAGUGAAGCCAAGAAAUCAAAGGACAAGCAGGAACAGAAGGCCUUCUGUGGUUCUCAAGGGAGAAUCUCUUGUGGAUCUGACCUCCACCGAGGAAGAGCCUGAAUUGGACGAGGAAACAACAGAAGCAUCUACAGAAAAGUCUGUUGAUAUAUCUGCUGAAUUGGAUAAGUCUAGAAGAGUUAGUGCUCUGGAUUCACAUCCCUCAAACAAUGCCCGUUCUCUGCCAGUGGAAAAAAAGGAAAAUAAGAUAGUAAUAGUAGAAGGUUUUCAAACUAUGGAAGAACAAGUGCAGCUCAAAUCAAGUGAGCUUAAACCACUCCGCACGCCAUGCAUUGAUGUCAUAGAUCAUCCUGAUAUUAAAGUGGAAGGAACUACAAAGGUUGAAAAUGACUUUGUGGAGAGGUUCCAUAAUAAACAAGCUAAAAAUGCACCUAGACAGUUGAGUAUUGGAGAUGGUGGUUUGGAAUUAGUAUUAGAAGAAAAAACGCCAUGUAAAAAGGAUAAACAUCUUACAUCAUCAUUAAGUGGCAAUGAAAAAAACAUUUUGAAAUAUAACACGAUAGCAACAGAAAAGCAAGGCUUUGUUCUUGAAACACCCCCUGUCCAUGAGCCAGUUGUAGCACAGUCAAAGACUGAUCAAUUAGGACAUCCACUGGACUCCUUGCGAAAUAGCAGAAGCCAUUCACAGACUUCUCAGUCUCCCUUAAGUGUUGAUUUCUCUUCUUCUCAUCAUGACCAACGCACCCAGGAGCACCCUGAUAAAGAAAACCAUAGUUUAAUUGGGAACAUAGAUAAAAAAAUAGAAAAGCCAACUUCAGAUAGUAAUACACAGAGAAAGUUUUCUGUUUCUUCAGCCUGGGAAAGGCCAAGGGGUGGUAGUUUUUCCCUGAAAGCAAGUGUUGAGGCUGAAGCAGUAAAAAACAUGAAAUUAUCUCUUCCCAAGACAGGUAUGUCCUUAAGUGAAAAAGUGAAAGAAGAUCCAAAACCUCCUGGCACUCGUACUGAAACCAAAAUGAGUACUUGGAAAAAGGAGACAUUGACUGACUUGGAUAGUGUGUCUGCUGAGAAAGUAGCCCUUGGGAACAUUACUCCAGCCCAGAGCUCUAUACUAGCUGCCAGUGACCUCUCUGCAAGUACAGACUCACAGACAGGCAGUGAGGACAAGAAUCCAUUUUUUGUGAAGUUAAGAUCAACUUCCCUGUCACUAAGGUACAGAGAUGAAAUGAAGCCAGAAUCAAGCAGAGUGAAUAGACAUAGUGCUGAACUCAGACAGGAAAAAGCAGGACAGCUAACCUUGUCCAAGAAUGAUUCCACAGAACCCACAAAAGCAGAUUUUGACUCGAAAAAUGAAAACCCAAAAAGCAAAACGAAUGUCAAUGAAUUGACACAUGUAAAACCACCUUUACCCAAAAAGCCAGUUUUACAAAACAUAACUGUUGUUGACGACGACACUAAUAAAGAAGCCUCAGUAAGUGUGUCAAGCCAUGAACGGACAGCAAAAUCUCCAGAGACCAAGACUGAAAACGUGGCCUCAGAACGAAGGCCAAGUUUGCAAAAAGGAAUGGAGAAAAGCACUCCUCCGAUGGCUGUAACAGAGCCUGUCAAGAGCGUGGAAAGAGGAGGACAGCCAUCCUGGGUAUCCAUGGCAUUGCAGAAGCAGAGGGGAUUAAAGGAGGAGCAGAACCCUGUAGAAGACAAGUCCGUGCAUCAGGAGCCUGAAAAACAGAUGAAGGACAAGGGCGUGAUAGAGACUAACAUAAAGCAGCAAAGUGACUUGCUAACGAACAAAACAACAAACACUGCUACAGAUAUUCCUGACUCCUGUGGACAAGAAACCAAAGCUGAAUUAAAAGACCAGCGACCGAGAGCAAACACAUUGUCACAACCUACACAUGCUACACAGCUUUCCCUGCAGACGGAGAAAGAAGAAAAAACCGCAGUCAAACAAGCUAGCCAUUCUGCAACUGGUGAGCCAUCUUGGAUGGAGCUAGCCAAGAAGAAAUCUCAGGCUUGGAGCGACAUGCCUCAGAAAAUUAAAUAAGAGAACAGAUCAUUAAUGGCAUAAACGUGUGUAUGUAUGUUUACAACUGUGUUAAACAUAUCAAAAAAGCUGAUUUGUCUAGGGAAAAUGUAUUUUGAGGACUUUUUAAAACAGGAGUUUCCUUGGUCUGAAAAAAGAAAAAUGGAAACCCUCCUCCACCGCCUAGCAAUAAAGGUAUACGUGACAUUACAUAAAUAUAAUGUGUAUAUAAUAAAAGCUGUACUGCAUCUUGUAGUAGUGAUAUGUAUGCUUAAGAAAAGGAAUGAUAGUGUUCAGUACACUAGUACAUCAUUUUUAGGCGGACAUAAUGUUAUCUUAUUAUCCCCAAUUUAAUUUUUUCGUACAGCCUCACCACAAGUCAGGUAAAAAAAAAAGUUAUCUGCGAAUAUUUUUAAGAUGUACAUUUUUUCUCAAUUAGUAUUUUAUUUUUCUAGAAACAAAGGGACCUCUGAGGGCUUACAGCAUGCAUUCCAUUGAACAACCACUUAAAAAAUCUUUUAAAACAAACACCUUCUUGGUUAUGUAUAAGAGCCUCUUCUCCUUUCAAAGUCUAUGUAAUUAGAGGCUGAUUCUGUAGACCGAUAUUGCCGUUUAAAUAUUUUCCUUCCUUGUUAUUGUCGGUAAUGUUACAACAUUGAAAGGGUUCUCUACGAUCAAAGGCUCAUAAGUAUCUCCACACUUUAGUGCGUGUUUUUUUUCCCAGGGAUUUUUAGCAAUCUAAAAGUACAUGUUAAGAUCUUUUAACAUUGCACAGAGAUUAUGCAUUAAUUAAGCUUUUUCACGAAAAAAAACCCCUUUUAACCUUGUGUCAAGCACAUUUCCUACUGCUGAAAUGUGUACAGUACAGUCAGAGGGUCUUCUGUUUGCGCAGCAAUAUGGUUAAAAAAAAAUCAUUUCUCCUGCCCCCCCCACACACGAUUUCCCUUUAAUAAUUAUUCACAUAAGUACAGAUGGGAAGACUACAUGGGCCAAAUGGUUCUUCUCUGCCAUCAAGUUACGUGUUUCUGUGGAGCAGAUGUAACAGUGUUGGAAGCAACCUAUAUGCAGUCAAUGCAGCUAAAAAUAUAAAAAUGUAUGAAAAUCACUUCCAUGUUGGCUGAAUGGCUUUGCCUUUUAAAAAAAAAAAAAAAAAAUCUGAAUUGGACACUCCUAUCGUAGAAGGCUGGAGAGCAAUUACACUUUUUUGGGUAUAUUUUAUCCAAUUUAUGCCAAUUGAGUUAAUAGCAUUUGAAUAUUAGAUCAGGUUGUCUAGAAGUAAAUCUGUAAGUACUUGUAAUACUAAACUUGCCAGUAGCUGGUCUCACACUGAUCCAGAUAGCCUAAAAAAAAAACAGUAUCAGUAUGGUAACAUGUAUGAUAAAAAAUAAUUAGAACUUUUUUACUUUAACUAUAAUAGUGGAGAAAACUGAGAUGUAAAUAUUCUAUAAAAUAAAAAUUAAAUCCUUGUAUGUUAUCCUUGUAUACCUGUAUGUUAUUGUUUUAUAGUGAAAACAUUUGGAUUCUUGAACGUGAUCAAAUUGUUUUCUACCAGACAAAAAAAACUAAAAUGAAUUGAAUAUCAAUGCAAGUAUCAUAAUUACAAACAGAAAGCCCUAAUAUUAUAAUAACUAAUGCUAAUUUCUGAAAUAAAAAUGAAUUGUAUGAUAUUU